GUAAGUUAUUAUCACGAUGCAGAAAAUCGUCGUUAAAAUAUGAUCUAAGGUGGAGACCGUUAUUUUAAUCUAUUCUGUGAUUAUAAUGAUAAGAUAAAAUGAACAGCUAACUCCAUAGAUAAUACAUGGCUAACUUAUUAAAAUUUCGUGAUUAUAAUAAAAAUUAUAAAUAGUGAAGUGUAGUUAACUAGUUAAUGAGUAAGGAGUAAGGACUUCAAGUAGUUUGACUAGUGCCUACAGACUGUUAAUCGAAAAUGCAGCCUAUUCCGAUACCUUGCUCAUUAUAACUGCUGUAAUGCUGUACAACUGCUGGCCAUCUCUGUAACAAAAUUAAGAAUUUUCAUUACCCCAGUAGGUAUCUUCAAUAAUCUAAGUCCUGUUAAAUAUAAUUAAUAUAAACGUAAACAUAAUAUUGUCUACCUAUGCUUAUGAGUGGUUGUUACACCAACACAAAUUUAAUAUUCUAAUCUGUGUUGACUAAUUUUCAGCACUAGUUCAGUCACAAAAUUAAUUAUUUUUAUUCUGUGGUUCAGUAGUGAAACUCUAAAGCUCAGUUUAGGACGUUAGUCCUUUUAAUGGUUUAAUCCUUACGACAUUCAUGUGACAGACUACAGUAUUUAUAACACAAUUAUCAUUACACCAAUAACAGAAUGUGGAUAAAAAUGAAACAAUAUUCCAUACAAAAUGAAGAAGAUAUUAAUGAAAUAUUAGUGAAUAAUAUGGAUGAUUUUAACAAUGUGUUUGAAUUAAAUAAGAAAAAUAUAUUACAAUCUAACAAGAAAAUUAUGCCGGGCAUGGAUUUAAUUUUGCUCAAAGCGAACUUAACUCCAUUACAAAUCCAAAAAACUAACUCUUCAAAAUCGUUAUUGAGAAAAAACAGUAAAAUGUAUAUUGUAAGUUGUAUUAACAUCAAAAAUAAAAAGGGGGAAUAUUUCAGUUCAUUAAUAGAUGAUAUAAGUGAAAAUGAUAGAAUAAUUGUAAUUAAUGGAGUUGUACUUAAACAGUUUAGUACUUGUAAUUCUAGCAUUUUAACUGUUUUAGUUCGACCUCAAGAUAAUUCUUCAGUUAUCUUAUUUAAAUAUAAAACUGUAUUAGAAAAAUCAAACUCACUACUUGAAAAAAAUCUUUCUUUAUUAACUGGUUCUGGUGUUUAUUCGUUAUUUGGAAAUGUAAAAAAAAUAGAAAGAUAUGAUGAUGAAAAGUUAAUGUAUUUAAGAUUACAAUGUUGUGAUAAAUCAUGUAUAAAAACUCUCAAAUAUUCUAAUUUUGUUAGUGAAUAUAAAAACAAUGUAAAUAAUAAAACAUCUUCUGGAAUAAAAUAUGAUUUUUAUUCAAACAAAAUUAAUAUUUUAGUUAAAUCUCCAAGUAACGAUUUUAUUUCAUUGUCACUUAAUCAACGAAUAUCUUUAAACAAUGUAAAAGUGAAAAAUAUAGAUGAUUCAGAUAUAUUUUUACUACUUAUGAAUGGAAAUAGUCAAAAUAUAAAAGCUGAUCCAAUAGAAAUUGGUAUUAUAAAUUCUCUUAGACCUCCUACAAAACAUUUUCCAAUACCAAAUGAAUUAAAACCUGCAACCCGUCCUAAAAUCAAACCAUUAUCUAGUGAUGUCCAAUUGGUUUUAAAAGAUAAUACUCAGAAAUUAAGUACAAUUAUUUCUUCAUCGGAAACAUUACCAAUAAGUUUUCAACAGAGUGAACAUAAUGAAACAACAUUACUCGAUUCAUCUAAUGAGGAUGUUGUCAAUGUGUCACCACUAAAUCAAGAAUUUUCAACUUCUAUAAUGUCUAUUGAGAAAGACAAUUAUGUUUACAAUGAAGCUAGUUCAUUUGGCCAAAAAAAAUGUAAUGACAACUCAUUAAUUCAAUUAUCAAAUAAAGAUAUUUCAUUAUAUGAAAGGAAAAUAUUUUCACAAAGAGAAAUUUCACCAAGCUCUUCUACGGAUGGUUCAUGUUCUCCUAGUUUCUUUAACACUGAACCAGAAUUAUUAAUAUCCAGUCAAGAAACUCAAUCAAAUAAUUUUAAAUCUAAUAUUUUAAACCAACCUUCACAGUGUAUUGGUCCUUGUAGACUAAUUCAUACCGAACCAAACAUAUUUGUUAGUAAUGAAAUUGUAAGUGGGUAUUGUACAAAAUGUAUAGCAUUUGUUCAAAAAUGUUUUCUAAAAUGGUCAAAUCAAUCUUCAAAUAUGGAAUACAAGUGUCCUAAAUGUUCUAAUAUUGUACAUCUUACAUUUUUUUUUAUAAUGAAUUUUCUGUAUGGAAAAAAUGAAUCCCAAGCUAUACAAGUGUGCUGUUAUAAUAAACAUGCUGAACAUGUAAUCAAAAAAAUUUCAAAAAAAAAUAUAAAACUCGAAGAAUAUUUAUCAAACCAUAGUACCAGAAAACUAGUGAUAAAUUCCAUAAAAUCACUUAUAAGUAAUAAAACAAAAGUAAAUAUAAUCUUUUGUCUUUCACCAAGUGAUAAUACUAAUAUACUUAUGGGAAUAGAUACUAAAUAUGUUGUUACAUCUACAACCGAAUAAAAAAUAAGUAUUAUUAUUAUUAUUUUUCUUUUUUACCUUGUAAAAAUAUUGUAAAUAAUAAUAUAUUUGUAACCAUUUUCAACUUUUUAAUUACUUUUUCUAUUCUAAAUGUGUUGUAAAAAAUUAUCCUAUUAGUUAUUAGUUUUAGUAAUAUACUAUAUUAUUAAUAUCUGUACAGUAUUUGUGUAAAUAGAGUCAAUAAUAAUAAU